AUGUCUUCAAUUUUAGAAUCUGCGAAGGGUAUUAUAAAAGAAGCAAGGUAAACAUAAUUAUAAUAAGUUAGAGAGUUAGCUUAUUUAGGAAAAUACCCAGAAGCAAUAAUGAAAUUCAAAUCAUAAAUUGAGACUUUAAGUUAAUAAUUAGGAAAAAAUUAAGGAGAUUAGUUACUAUUUUAAGAAUGGAGCAAACUUGUGAAUGACAUAAAAGAAGAAUUAGAUCUAACUUAAACUUUAUUUGAUUUUACAAAAGGGAAUGCGAAUAGUAAUUUUUGAAUUAAUUAAGAUAGAUUAGUAAUAACCAUCACCUUAAAAACCAAAGGUAGUAUAAGAGUGUCCUGAAUUUCAAGAAGAUAACAGAUAGCCUCGUUUGCCAUUUAAUUAAAUUCCAUUCUAACAUCAUCAUUAUCGAGAAAAUACAUCUCCAACAUAAUAGAAAGCUAAUUAAUUUUAAAUAUCACCUCCAAAGUAGAAAGCUUAAGAUCCAGAUGAAAUAUUUUUUGGAGGUUUAAGAGGUGGUAAUGAUGGAAAGAGAGGGAAUAAUAAUAAUAAUAAUAAUAAUGGUAAUAACUUAAAUCAUAACCCAAGUAAUUACUUCAAUAAUAACAAUAAUAAUAAUAAUAAUAAUAAUAAUAAUAACAAUUAUAAUAAACGUCCUGUAAAUAAUCCUCCACCAAAAGAUCCUGAUGUUUGGGAUCCUCCAUCAAAAAAAAAUGAUAAACCAAAACAAUCAUAGAAAGAUGCAAAAGCUAAUAAUAUAUUUAAGCCUUAAGCAUAGGUAAAAGGAAACUAAAGAAGGGAAUAUGAUAAGCCAUGGAAAAGUAAUGCAGUAGGAGAAAAGAAACCUGUAGAAGGUUAAAGAAAAACAUUUCAUGAUCAUGUAUAUCCAGAUGGAAGAGGUCCAGAUAGUGAUUUAAUUUAAAUGAUAGAAAGAGAAGUUUUAGAUUUGACACCAAAUGUUUCAUUUGAAUAGAUAGCAGAAUUAGAAUUAGCAAAGGAUACUCUUUAAGAAGCUGUAUUACUUCCUAUAUUUAUGCCUUAAAUAUUUACUGGAAUAAGAAGACCAUGUAAAGGAGUAUUAUUAUUUGGUCCUCCAGGAACAGGAAAAACUAUGCUUGCAAAAGCUGUAGCAACAACUGGUAAAACAACAUUUUUUAAUGUUUCUGCAUGUACUUUGGCAAGUAAAUGGAAAGGAGAAUCUGAAAAAUUAGUUAGAUUAUUAUUUGAGAUGGCUAAAUUCUAUGCACCUAGUACAAUAUUCUUUGAUGAAAUUGAUGCUUUAGGUUCUAAAAGAGGGGAUAGUGAUGGUGAUUCUGCUAGAAAGUAUACUAUAUAAAUUUAUAAUAUAUAGAGUUAAAACUUAAAUGUUAAUUGAAAUGGAUGGAGUAUCAGGUGCUAGUACAGGAGAAGAAAGAAAAACUGUAAUGUGUUUAGCAGCUACUAAUCGACCAUGGGAUUUAGAUGAAGCACUAAUAAGAAGACUUGAAAGAAGAAUAUGUAUAAUUAUUAUUAUUAUAUAGAUAUACCAUUACCUAGUGUUACAGGUAGAAAAGUUUUAUUCGAAAUUAAUUUAAAUUCUCUUAAAUUGUCUCCAAAUAUCAAUUGGGAUUAAUUAGUUAAAAAAUGUGAUGGCUAUUCAGGAGCAGAUAUUGCUAAUGUAUGUAGAGAAGCAUCAAUGUUACCAAUGAGAAGAAAAUUAAAAGAAGAAGGAGGAUUCUAAAAAUUAUAAUAAAAAUAUGAAGAUAUCUCAAGUACUACAUUCUUCUAAUUAUUUAGAUGUUGUAGAUGUUCCUUUAGAAUAAAAAGAUUUUGAUGAAGCAUUAAAGAUAGUUAAUAAAUCUGUUUCAACAGAAUACUUAAAGGAAUAUGAAAAUUGGAUGAAAGACUUUGGUGCAGGUUGA